GAAGGUGGCAGCGAGGCCUCAGCGAUGUGUCCUUCCUCUGGCUUGAUGGUGGAGGGGGGGUGGUCUGAUGAGACCGAGACAAGUGGACUUCAAACUCCGACCACAACUUCCCCUCUGUGAGGUUAAUGCAAUACUUUAGUCUUCGCAAGAACAGAGGAAACGAAAAAGACCACAACUAGUUGAGUUUGCUGCUUGUUGAAAGAGCCCAGUCCUGAGUUUCUGUUAUCAUGGCCGUUUGGGGUAGGAGCACGCUACUGGUGGCUUUUCCUCUGUGGAUGUGUUUUGGCAGAGCUGAUGCCUUUCUUCCGGAACCGUAUAUUUGUUAUGUGCUGGAUGGGAUCCUGUUUCUGUACGGCCUCAUCCUGACAGCGCUCUACUGCAAAAUCAAGUUCUCCAAGCCAGCUGGCCCUCAGAAAGGAAAGCAGAACGUUGAAGAGGGCAUCUAUACUGGUUUGACCCCUCAUGCCCAGGACACGUACGAAACCAUCGGCAUGAAGAAGUGAAGAGCUCGAGUGCAAGAUGGACAUUUUCUACCUGAUUGCAUUGUUUUUUCUUUUCCUAUUUAAAUAUCGAAUAUUAUCCAUGGCAUACAUUGCAAAACUGUGAGCCACAGUUUUCAUUUCCCUUUUGCUUAUAUAGAAAACGGUGGGAGGUUAAAUUAAGAAAUACGAGAGAGCGUGAAAGAGGGAAGUUGAGAUCAGAAUCGGCAUUUCUCGGAAAUGGGUUUUUUCCUCUGCUGUAUAAUGUUCAAUUUUUGAAAGACGUCAGUUAUGUGUGAAUGUUUUUCAAUGAAUAAGACAUGGAUUCAAUGUACCUCUUGUGUACCUUUUAAGUUGUAUUGCUUGCAGGGGUUGAAAAUCAUCCGGAAAUGGAAAACUAUAUUUGUCCCCUGUUGUGUUUUGAUACUGAGACGUGAGAGACCGUUGUGCAAGAGGGGCUGAUUUCCAGUACACCACAGGAUGGCAGUGAUGGUAUGGUCCUUACCUGUCCACAUUCACAAAACACACACACACACACACAGACACACACACAGCAGGGAGAUCUUGAAGGACAGUGUAGUAAAUGAGGGCAACCACAAUUAUGUUUCAACACGGAGAGUCAAACCUCCUGCCACAAACCCCUUCAUACAAAUAAUUAAAAAGUAUUAAGUAUUAUUUCUGGAAGCUCAUGAACUGCAUGUCAGUCUGAAAAGUAUUUAGCUGUGUCUUUAACGUGGAACCAAUAAACGUGGCUGGCUGCAGUAUAGGUCCAAAACACAGCCUCCUCCAUGUUAAUGAAUCGGAUGUGGACUGAGGUACAUGUCAAAUAAAGGUUUGAUGAGUUCUUAUCCCACUGAUGUAUGUUAAUUUUUCCGACUCUACUACCGUGGCAACGUCGCAGACUCUUGCUUCCAAUGAGCACUUAAUUGCUGGAUAGUGGGAGAAAGUGGAGGAGUGUCGUCCAUCUUUAAAUACAGACCACGGGACAAAGGAUGAAGCUAAAUAUUAUAGCCUUUGAUGUACAAGUCGUCAAUGUUGUUGUUGUUGUUGUUGAUAUUUCAUCUGAAAGUAACAAUUAAACAUAUUGAUUAAAUGUGAUUCUUUUUAACUCAA